CACACUUUUAAGCGACUUUCCCCUGACUUUUCAGCCCAGUCAAGUUUCUUGAGUUGAGGUAACGGCUCUUUAUCAAUACCCUGGUCUUGUUAACUCCGGGUUGGUCCGAGCUGGACCGUGAAAGCGUCCUCGGGGCCAGGCUUCGCGAGCCGUGGAACUGCCGCGAGCCCCGCGCGCUCAUGGAAGGAGACAUCAUGGACAAACUGGAGGACAUGGCUUCGGUCUACGAGUUCGACCCGUUAACGGGCGACAUCCCCGCUACCAAAGUGGAGAUCACAGUUUCGUGCAGGAAUCUUUUAGACAGAGACACGUUCUCCAAAUCCGAUCCAUUGUGUGUUUUGUACACCCAAGGAGUGGAGACCAAGCAAUGGAGAGAGUUUGGAAGAACGGAGGUGAUUGACAACACGCUAAAUCCAGACUUUGUCAGGAAGUACAUCCUCGACUAUUUCUUUGAGGAGAAGCAGAACCUGCGCUUUGAUUUAUAUGAUGUUGACUCUAAAAGUCCCGACCUUUCCAAACACGACUUUCUUGGGCAGAUGUUCUGCACACUGGGUGAGAUUGUCGGGUCACCAGCCAGCCGACUGGAGAAACCACUUGGAGGCAUACCAGGGAAGAACUGCGGUAUUAUCGUCUUAACAGCUGAGGAGCUUGGAAACUGCAGGGACAGCGCAACCAUGCAGUUCUGUGCCAACAAAUUGGACAAAAAGGACUUUUUUGGGAAAUCUGAUCCCUUCAUGGUCUUCUACAGAAGUAACGAAGAUGGCACUUUUACAAUCUGCCAUAAGACAGAGGUGGUGAAGAACACCCUGAAUCCUGUUUGGCAACCAUUCACCAUCCCAGUCAGAGCUCUCUGCAAUGGAGACUACGACAGAACAAUCAAAAUUGAAGUGUAUGACUGGGACCGUGAUGGAAGCCAUGAUUUCAUUGGUGAAUUCACAACCAGCUACAGAGAGUUAGCCCGAGGUCAGAGCCAGUUCAACAUAUAUGAGGUGGUGAAUCCAAAGAAGAAGAUGAAGAAGAAAAAAUAUGUAAAUUCUGGCACAGUGACUCUGCUGUCGUUCUCCGUGGAAUCAGAGUCGACUUUCCUCGAUUACAUCAGAGGAGGGACCCAGAUCAAUUUCACUGUGGCCAUUGAUUUCACCGCCUCUAAUGGUAACCCAUCCCAGUCUACAUCUCUACAUUACAUGAACCCCUACCAGAUGAAUGCCUACGCGUUGGCUCUGAAGGCGGUCGGGGAAAUCAUCCAGGAUUAUGACAGUGACAAGAUGUUCCCAGCGCUGGGAUUUGGAGCCAAACUACCCCCUGAUGGAUGCGUGUCUCAUGAGUUCCCCCUAAAUGGCAAUAUUGAAAACCCCUACUGUAAUGGUAUUGAGGGGAUAUUGGAGGCAUACCAUCAGAGUCUAAAGACCGUCCAGCUGUAUGGGCCCACCAACUUUGCCCCUGUCGUAAAUCACGUGGCCAGUUAUGCAUCUGCUGUCCAAGAUGGCUCGCAGUAUUAUGUCCUCCUCAUCAUCACAGAUGGGGUCAUAUCAGACAUGUCACAGACUAAAGAGGCCAUUGUAAAUGCAGCCAAGCUUCCCAUGUCCAUCAUUAUUGUUGGAGUUGGUCAGGCUGAAUUUGAUGCUAUGGUUGAGUUGGAUGGUGAUGACAUAAGAAUCUCCUCUCGAGGGAAACUAGCAGAGCGAGAUAUUGUUCAGUUUGUGCCAUUUCGGGAUUACAUGGACCGGACGGGAAACCAUGUGUUGAGCAUGGCACGGCUGGCCAAAGACGUUUUGGCUGAAAUUCCGGACCAGUUAAUUUCUUACAUGAAGAGCCGGGGAAUCAAACCAAAUCCAGCACCGCCUCCUUAUACACCUCCUGGACACACACACCACACACAGAUCUGAGCCCAUCCAUAGUCUGGAAGCAAGUUUAAGACAACAUCUCACUGUCUGCAAUUCUGGGGUAGCUGUACUGGAGCUGUAACAGUUUAGCUCCCAUUGUUACAGUGUGUUUGAUCUCUCCGAGGCACUCCAAGAUCCAGUGGCGUUUCUGUUUGUGCAUUUUAUAUUGUCUACCCAUUUUCCUUGGAGACCGUCCAAGAAUCAGACCCAAGGGCAAACGUUUUUGUUAUGUUUUGUUUAAGAAUAUAUAUAUCUUGGCCUGUGACUGUUUCUUAUUUCGGGGAUCGGUUGACAAGAGUGGAUGAGGAGGAAGAGUAGGAGGAAUGGGAUGAUGUUUGUGGUUUCAACUUGUGCCUGUCUGUGGCUGUCUCAGUGUAUCGGGACAAGUGUCCCCUAUUUUGACAUUUGAAAAUUUUUCCACAUUGGUAAACUAGAAGUGUGUGUGUU